AUGUCGAACGGCGUCGACAUGACAGGGGGGAAUUCCCCCUUGUCUACGGAUCAUAAAGGCAAGAUGGGAGAGCAUGAAGACAUUCUCCCUGAGCUUCUACCCGACUGCGGCGACGACGUCGAGGCGGCGGUGAACAGCGAAGUCCCUCAAGGUCGUCAGGUUGGUGUCAUCUCGGCCAUCUUCCUAAUGGUGAACCGUAUGCUUGGUACGGGUGCCUUUUCCACAACCUCGACGAUUCUGCAACAAAGCAACAGUGUUGGUAUGAGCAUUAUUUACUGGGCCAUCGGUGGUGUCAUCGCAGGCGCUGGCUUUGCGGUGUACGCUGAGUUUGCUACCGCAAUUCCCCGCAAUGGUGGUGAGCUAAACUAUCUACAGUACGCGUUCCGCAAGCCGUACUUCAUGGUGGCCUCGAUGUACGCCGCGCAGGCGCUUCUUCUGGGUCAGGCUGCUGGUAAUGCCAACGCUGCAGGCCAGUACUUCAUCCGUGCGGGCGGAGGUGAGACGACCGAGUGGAACUCGAAGGGUAUCGGUGUUGGUAUCCUGGUCGCUGCACUGAUUAUGCACGGCGGCUUCCUCAGGUAUGGAUUGUGGUUCCAAAACAUCCUCGGUAUCUUCAAAGUGGUCAUUCUCCUUCUGAUCGUCUUUGCUGGCUUUGCUGCGCUGGCGGGACGUACGAUCGGCGAGGCACCGCACAACUUUGCGAAUGCCUUCUCGGGCGCCAGUCAGACGCUAAAUGAUGGCCAUAUUCGGAGUGACAUUUCUGGUGAGGUCCAUAACCCGGCGCGCACCAUGAAGAUCGCUGGUCCGCUCGCAUUGAUCGUCCUUACCAUUCUCUACGUACUUGCACAGGUGGCCUACUUUGCCGCGGUGCCAAUUCCCGAGAUUCUGGAGAGCAAGCAAAUUAUUGCUGCCUCCUUCUUUAAGCAUAUGUUUGGUGAACGUUCGGCGCGCGCCCUGUCUGUCUUCGUGGCUCUUUCGGCGGUUGCAAAUGUAUUCUCGGUGCUCUUCUCCCAGGGCCGUCUGAACCAGGCUCUGGGUCGUGACAACCUUAUUCCCUUCUCCAAAAUGUUUGCUUCCAACCGUCCUUUCAAUACCCCGCUCGCCGGCCUUACUUGGCACAUGAUUGUCACACUGAUUCUCAUGCUUGCACCCCCGCAAGGUGAUGCUUACAACUUUGUCCUGAACCUUUCCUCCUAUCCGCUCAAUGUGGUCAAUUUGGCCGUCGGCUUGGGUCUUUGCUUGUCGUACCUUCCGCGGUCAAGUGGUCUGAAACCCAGCUGGUUCUACGACUGGAACCCACAAUUCCGUGCGACGAUCCCCAUCACCAUUUUCUUCACGUUAGUGUCCGCUUUCUUGGUUAUCGUGCCCUGGAUUCCACCCACCGAAAAGGUCGAUGCACAGUACACCCAUAUCUGGUACGCGCUCCACGCUGGUGUGGCUCUUGCCUUCUUCGCAGGCGGUGCCCUGUACUGGUGCUGGUGGUACGUCCUCCUUCCUAGGGUUGGUCUAUACUGGCCGAACUGGUACACGCUCCGCCCCACGAUGGGCCGCUACUGGCUUGAGCCUGUCGAGACCGUCAUGGACGACGGUACUAUCCGCACCGUUUUCGAGCGUCGCCUUCUCGAUGCCAAGCAAAACGCAGACUCCGAAGCGACUGCGGAGCCUGAACCUACCCUCAGGUCUGAAUCGGCGAACUAA